CAAACAAAGUUCCAAGUGUAAACAAAUCUGGAAAAAUUCGACGAAAUUUCUUUGGGUAAGUGCACUUGAGUCAAUUUAAAUAAAUUCUAAUAUGAGUAGCUACAUUAAAAGUGUUGGUAAAAUGAGAUAAAAUUUUAUUUCGUGAGUAAAAUGAAAAUCAAUCUGACACUACGAAAGAAAGCUCAAGUUUCUCUUUUUAUCGUUCCUCAUUGAAAAAAUCCAUUCAAUGACGACGUAAUCCUUGUGAGCGACUCAUCAAUUGGUUUUUAUGGGAUUCUAAUUAGAAAUCACGAUUGCCUGCCCAGCGAGAGAGAGAGAGAGAGAGAGAGAGAGAAUGUAACAUGCAAUUUCGACAUUUUCGUGUUAUCUCGAUUCGAAGAUGAUCUCGACCGAUAAAAAGUCAUUUGCUGGCAACCUGAAUGAAUCACGCACAAAGAAAUCAAUUGAAAAAAAAAUUGAUGGCAUCAAGUUGCAACACUAAGUGGAAAAAACAUCUUUUGUUUCUUUCGUUCAGCCUGCCACCCAUUGAAAUGUGUCUUUCGCAACAAAUCUUGUGUGUAUUGUGUUUUUUCGUGUUGUUUUCCGCAUUUCUAAAAAAAGAAAUAUUUCUAUGCGCCACUUUUGUUGUUCUCUUCGAAAAUGCCAUCCGGAUGUGUAAGAACGAACAUAUCGUUUGGUGUUUUGCCAUCAAUGCAUAAUAGCAUUGAAGCAGCGUUCCAUCGAUUUGAUACCGGAUCUAAAAUUUUUGCUUUGUCCUCUAUCAGCGCUUUCACGUGCGCUACAAUAAACGUACAUGUUGUUGUUGUUGUUGUUGUUGCUUUUCCCUACUUUGUAUUUUUUCUUCUUCUCUUCUCUGUGUGUAAACACAUGCAAAAGUAACGGCGGUGACGACGGUAGCAGCAGCAGCAACAACAACAAAAACAGCACUGCUGUGCAGUAUCUGUGUUGUUGUGUUGUCUUUUAUAAAUGUGUGACUCGAACACUAUAGCAAAAUAGUUCGAAAGCGUCUCAUAGUGCUGGUACAUGAACUUGAUUCGCGUUAUAUUUGACUUGUCUCCGUUUCGUUGGUGCGAUGGCUUUAUCAUAUUUGUUUUAAUUUUAAGGUGUUGUGUUGUAUUUGUUGCUUCUUCUUUCAUUUCGUAUUCAUUCAUUCUCUUUUCACCCGUGUGAAUAAAACACUCGCGCGGUGCAAUCGGCUGCUGCUGCUUCUGCUGCUGCAGCUGCUGCUGUGUGAUAAAAUGUAGUGUGUACGCUUUGUACGAUUGUUGUGUUAUUUGCCUGUGUAUUUUUGUGUGAAGAGUGUGCUGAGUGCUGACUGUUGAGUGUGAGAGAUGGGUUUUUGUGAGUGUUUCGUCAUUAUUUCCCCGCUACUCUAUUUCAUUCGUUUUGUUUCGAAUCGCACACGAGAGAGCCAAUGUGUCUUUCUUCGUAGCUAAAAUCCAGAAAAAAACUUCACCGAUAAACAGAUUUUACCAGUAUUUCUGAUUUUGAUGGUGGAUUUCGAUGAGUUUUGAUUUUAUCGGUAAAGUGUCACACAUCGCAUUUUGAUCCGGUUACAAUCUUCGGCGAUUUAAUUUUUCUUCUUCGUCUUCGCCUUCAUCAUCUUCUUCAGUGGUGCUGUGAUCUUUUAUGGAAUACCAUCAAAUUCACGUUGUGAUCAAAGUUUCAGUUUCAAUAACAAAAGUUUAGUAUAUUUGUAAAAGGAGCAGUGACGAAAAUUAAAGAGAAUCUUAGCAGCAGAAUAAUUUUUUUGACCGUGAUUAAUAUUCGAGUUGCAAAUGAGUUUAAUUAACGUUUUGCAUGUACAUAUAAGUGAUUAAGAAUCGACUCAAUUGGAAUUAAAGUGAGUUAAUUAGUAAACAGUGAAUCAACUAACAGUUCAAUCGAAACAAUUAGCAAAUUAAAUUGCAAUCAUCAUGAUUAAAGACAGUAGUGAUCCCAGUGAUAUUAGUAUUUCAUCAAUUAAUUUCAAGACUUACAUGGAUUCAUUGGCAGUGGCAGAGGGCGAGGAUUCCAGCUAUGAUUCGGAGUGCGAUAUAGAUAGCAGCCAUGAGCAAGUAUCACGAACGACAAGUGAUACGCUUGGUCAGGAAUUUGCCGAAUAUGUAAGUCAGCCGCCGCAAUUAGUCACAAAGAAAGUCGAUUCAUCGCCCAGCUACACGCAACGCGUUGAAUUCGCGCUCAAAUUGGGAUAUACGGAGAAAUUGGUGCAGGCAGCAUUGACUCGGCUUGGCACUGACCCAGCACAAAAUGAACUCUUAGCCGAAUUGAUAAAAUUGGGCGCGCAACAAGGCAACAAAUCUGAUUUGUGUGAUCCACACAAUUCAUUGCCAAAUGGAACAGAGACGCCCUGCAAUAGCGGUAGUUUAGCGAAUUCGAGUAAUGGUAAACAUGAACCUACAGAUGGCAGACACACUGGUUUGCGCCCAAUCGUUAUCGAUGGAAGUAAUGUUGCGUAUUGCCAUGGGAACAAAGAAGUUUUUUCGUGUCUAGGCAUUCGAUUGUGUGUGGAAUAUUUCAAAAAUCGAGGCCACAAGGAAAUUACGGUGUUUGUUCCCAAAUUUCGAAAGGAAAAUCCACGGCCCGAUAAUCCAAUCAAAGAUCAAGAGCUCCUUUUCGAAUUGGAAAAAGAACGACUGCUCGUCUAUACACCUUCGCGUUUUGUUGGAGGCAAACGCACUGUCUGCUACGAUGAUCGAUAUAUUUUAAAGUUGGCUGCCGAAAGUGAUGGUGUUGUCGUGUCAAAUGACAACUACCGUGAUUUAGCAAAUGAAAACAUGGAAUACAAAAAAGUGGUGGAAGAGCGUCUCUUAAUGUAUUCUUUUGUAGCAGAUCGAUUUAUGCCACCUGACGAUCCACUCGGUCGAAGUGGUCCAACGCUUGACAAUUUCCUUCGUAUGCAGCCAAAAAAAAGUGAUCCGCAGCCCCAGUGUCCCUAUGGCAAAAAAUGUACGUAUGGAAAUAAAUGCAAAUUUUAUCAUCCGGAACGUGGAAUGGGACCACAUAAAUCAAUCAUAGAGCGUCUAUCUGAGCAUGCUGCCCGCCACUUAUCAGCACGAAACUCCGAUGGCAAUACGAAAACGGCGUGCGGUAAAUCGCUUAGCGUUCCAUUAAGUAGCAACACAUCCGAACUCAAUGAUCGACGAAAACCAUUAGCGAGAACGCGUUCAUGCACACACGAUGGUUGUAAUCCAUCAAACUGUCACGAAUCAACGCAUAAACAUCGCAUACCAAACCCUAAUAAAGCAUCGUUUGGAAAUACGUUAAGUCCUGAGGACCACAAUGACAUAAUGACUGCAUUUUCCGAGUCAUGUAGAUUAGAGAGUUUAGCGCCCGAAUUCAAUUCCAUUCCAGUACAACAACAACAGCAACAGUCACCCAUUGGCAAUCCACACCAGCACAAUAUGUAUGGUGUUGGACCAGCGUCUACAGCAAUUCAUACGUCACAAUCAGCCCAAUCACAACAAUCCGUUCGACCCAUACUACAUUAUACGCACGGCAACAUUCUAUCACCACCGACCACAUCAACUGGUUCAAACCAAACAACGAUGCUAGAAAAACGAAACGACGUCAAUUUACAUCAGAAACUACAACGACAAUUGUCACUGAAUCCAAACGCAUUUGAUCCACGACUCCUUCGAAUGCAUAAUGCAAACUCAUUACAAACGAAACAUUCGCAUCCCGAGCAAAUGCAACCGGAACCGUCACAAGUGAUGCAACAGCACACCGGUCAACAUCGUCAAUUGGCACCAUCGCACAGUGGCCCCAGAUCACACAUGACAAACCAUUGGGAUUUGCAUCAGAAUGUGACUCGCAUUGCAUCGGCACCGGAUUCAUCACGUACAUGGCAGAACAAUGGUGGUCCCAAAGCACAAAUUGCACCCGGCGAUAUUUCGACACCAUGGUCGCAGCAACCAAAUUCAAUUGGUGUGCCACAAACCACACAACCACCGAAUGCAACACAAGCAAAUCGACUGCACAUACAAUAUCAUUUAUCUAGUAUCUUCCCCGAGGAACAAGUACUGACUGUCAUGAAUAUGUACCCGACCGAAACGAACCCGCAGAAUAUUUGUGCGGCAAUUUUGAGCAUUUUCCCAAGAAGUUAAAGAUGAAAAAAGCAAUGUACCGAAAGAAAAAUGAUUUAAACGAGAGGAAAUAAUGUGUAAAUUUAGUGUAACAUCGAAUCAUUCCACCAUGCUUUAUCGCACAUACAGUGUAUGUCAUACGCACACCCGCACACACAUUCCAACAGAAAAAAAACAAGUAUUUUAUUGAAUAUUGUCAUGAAUGUCUUCCAUUUCCAUUCCGUUUUAUGUCUAGAAUUGGAAACGCUUUUGAUCAGUCAGAAAUGUUGAAAAUGUGUUGUUUUCCAAUAUUUAAUUCCGUUAUUUUAUUGCUUGUAGUAGUAUACUAUGAUAGAAAAAGAACAACAAGAACAAGAAGAUGAUGGAUUUUAUUGUUUUAAAAGAAAAUCUCAUGAAAUAAUACAUAUUCGUUCCAUUUACGUGUUAAACGUUUCCUGUACUGGUACUGCAUAAUGAAUUCCAUUAACUUAUUCGUGAAUAAAUCAUUUAUGUAAUAAGGAAAAGAAAGUAGAUAUUUAAAAGAAAGAAAAAAAAAGGAACAAAAGAAGAUUGAAUGAAUUGAUCGAACAAUGAAGAUUCAGUGUUGCAUUAAACUACUCAGAAUCGAUGAUGUUUUUGAAGUACAUACGAAAUACGCAGCGUAUUAUACGCUUUCUCAAAUAUGUUUUAGUAAAAUUAAAAAGAAGAAAAAGAUGAAGAAAAAAAAACGAAAAAUCAAACAUAUUGCAUCUAAUGCAUAGAACAAGUUAACACACGUCUUUACCUUUUUUGUGUAUGUGGAGUGCUUUCGCCCGAAUGAACUAUUUUAUUUAAUUGUAUUGUAUUCAAGAGACAGGUAAAAAAGUAGACAUAAUCUACAUAAUAUUGCGCCCAUCUCGAAAAAAAAAAUUGACAAGGCUAGUACAUUUUUUCGCUUUUGUUGAUAAAAAUCACAAAAAAAACACAUAUAUUUUUACAAUAAAAACUAGUUUUUCGAAUUAAGUGGAAAUACUUAAA